GUACGUUUAGAGAGAAAAUACUGCGAGCAGCUUCACAUAAUGCCACAGCUGUGGUCAUUUACAAUAAUAUAUCCAGUGAAGAACCUGUCACUAUGACUCAUCAAGGAACUGGAGACAUUGUUGCUGUCAUGAUUACAGAAUCAAAGGUUAAGGAGAUCCUGAAUUAUUUGGAAAAGAAUAUCUCUGUCUUGAUGGCAAUAGCAGUGGGAUCCCGUGUUCCUCCAAAAAACUUCAGUCGGGGCUCUCUAGUCUUUGUGUCAAUAUCAUUCAUUGUUUUGAUGAUAAUUUCUUCAGCAUGGUUAAUAUUUUACUUCAUCCAGAAAAUCAGGUACACAAGUGCACGUGACAGGAAUCAGCGUCGUCUUGGAGAUGCUGCCAAGAAAGCCAUCGGUAAAUUGACAACCAGGACAGUAAAGAAGGGUGAUAAGGAAACAGACCCGGACUUUGAUCAUUGUGCUGUCUGCAUUGAGAGUUACAAGCAGAAUGAUGUUGUCCGCAUUUUACCAUGCAAGCAUGUUUUCCACAAAGCCUGUGUGGAUCCGUGGCUUAGUGAACACUGUACGUGUCCCAUGUGCAAACUGAACAUUUUGAAGGCCCUGGGAAUUGUGCCAAACGUUCCAUGUACAGAUAACGUAGCCUUUGACAUGGAAAGGCUCACCAGGGGCCAGCCAGCUAACAGACGAUCAGCACUUGGCGAUUUUGCCAAUGACAGCUCUCUCAGCCUGGAGCCCUUGCGCACCUCUGGGAUGUCACAACUUCCACAGGACGGAGAACUGACUCCAAGGUCAGGAGAGAUCAACAUUGCUGUGACAAGCAGUCACUUCUUCCAUCGUAAUUCUCUGUCUCCCCGAAGCCUGGUCUACGAGAGUGAAUUCUCAGCGAUGGAGCCUACUUUGGACAUGUAUGACGAGAACAAGACCUGAAAGGAAUCCGUAUUCCUUCUUGGCCCUUUUUCCGUUUUUUUCAUUUCUCAUUCCUAUUGUUGUGUACUCUUUCCAUGGAUCUCCUUUGUCCGAAGAAGAGCUGCUUUUUCCAGAACACGAACCCGUCUUCUAGAUUACAAAGAGGAAGACCAGCAGCGGUGGUUUCUGAGGUGGCGUCUUUGAGCUGACAAGGUGUGCGCAAGCAAGGUUGUCUGAUGGAAAUUGCUGAGUAACAGCAUGGGGAGCUGCGUCGGUCCAGCCGAGGACAUGGUGAGACAGAAGAGGCUUUACGGUGGUCCUAAGAGUUUGGUUUGUACUGCAAAUGCGUCUCUUAAAUAGGCGUAGGCUGCUUCCAUUUUUUUAACUGUCCGGCUAUCUGGGCAACGUCAGAAAGGGAAUAAGUUGCAGAGGAGAUGGCAAGUGACUGGUAAAAGCACUCCAUAUCUCUCACUCAAUCCAUAACCUUACUGUGAAAUAUCCCCUUUUGAAAGGGACCUUUAUAAGUGCAUUGAGUUUCCUACAACCCAUUUAACCCAGGCAAUAGCAAGCCAGUCUGACCUUAAAGCUGCGGAGAGAACCUGCAUUUGCAGAAAGAUUUCAAGGAACUUGAAGCUUCAGUUUUUUUCUCCAUUUCCAUUGAAGCAGGAGAAAAAUGGCCUACACAGCAAAUAUCUUUGGUCCUUCCUCGUGCUCCAGUCAAGUGAGUCUCUUGCUAUUGAGAUGCUGCUGCCGUUCAUAGGACCAGCACUUGAUCUUCCUUAAAAUCGUUAGACUUUUUGAAAUAUGCAGGAACCUAAUUAGCUCUCUUUCUUGCUUUGCUUUUUUUUUUUUUGGAUUUUUUAAAAAU